AUGGCGAGGAGAUCUAGCAGGAAGAGAAAUGUGCAGACUGUUCUCACCGACCUCCCUGACGCACUCAUCGUCGAGAUCCUGUCACGGCUGCCACUUAAGUCGCUUUGCUGCUGCAAGUGUGUCGACACGCACUGGUACGACCUCAUCUCCCACCCUGAACACAUCAAGAAGCUCCCACAGACCCUCGCCGGCUUCUUCUUUGACACCGAAGACAUAGGACGCUGUCCCAAAGUAGCUCGGCACUUUGCCAAUAUCGGUGAAGGACCUCAGAUUGAUCCCAGUUUCCCCUUCUUGCCGCCUGAGUUUGAGCUCGUCAGGCUGGAGGACUGUUGUGAUGGCCUUCUCUUGUGCUGCUCUUCUCAGCGUCCGUUCCGCCAUUUAGUUUGCAAUCCUGCCACAGAGAGAUGGGUCGUGUUACCAACGUUGCCAGCUGACUCCAGUUGUGUAGCUCAGGAAGAAACCUUUCAUUUGGCUUUUGAUCGUGAUGUUUCCUCCCAUUUCCAUGUGUUUCAGAUUAUGUUGAAAGAGUGCCUGAAUGUGACAGGCAUAAAUAUAUACUCGUCGGAAACUGGGUCAUGGAGCUUCAAAGAAAGUGGGUGGGAAUCUGAUACCAGUAUUUGCCACAACAGACAUUUGUUUCAUCAAGGCAUGCUGCACUUUGUUAGUUUUGAGUCUACAGUAGUGUCGGUAGACUUGGAGGGGAAGAAAUGGAGGGCAAUUCCAGUGCCAGAAGGAGUGCAAAGGUCCGAGCUUGGUAUUCUUGGUCGGUCCCAGGGGCACUUGCAUUACAUGCUGCACACAGAUAAUCGUUUUACAGUUUCCAUCUGGUGUCUUCAGAACUAUGAUUCAGAUGAAUGGAUGCUGAAGCACCAUUUGAACAAUAACAAGUUGCUGAACAGUACAGGUACAGUCUAUGGCUAUGAAUUCAGUGCCAUCUCAUGUCAUCCAGAUCGUAGUUUGAUUUGCUAUGCUAAUCUUCGCGACAACACAAUGAUGGCGUAUGACAGUGCUCGCGAGGAGGCUCGUGUUCUCAUCAGUUUUGGGCGAGGCGAUUUGAUAUCAUGUUUUCCCUAUGUUCCGCUGUUCAGCGAUUCGAGUGUUCCCCUGAGUAGUUAG